AUGUCAACAACCCCAAUGCCAGACAGAUGGAUCCAGUUAUGUACCGAUGGUGCAGUUCAAGUAGACUCGAUAACUACUGCAGCUGGGGGCAUAUUAAGGCAUGGGAAUGGGGAAUGGAUUAUAGGAUACAACAGAUUCUUGUGUGAAUGCUUUCUUGACGGGUUGGCUCUCAUCCAAGAUAGGCGAUAUGCUGGAGUGAUGAUUCAAAUGGACAAUAUAGAGGACUUUAAGUUCUACAACACAUUCUUCGAGAGAUUAAUAAAAUUGCUGAUUGCAUUGCCAAUGGUCUUUGAUACAAGACAAGGUUUGAAGGUGUUUAUGGAAAUCCCGAAGGAGGAUCUAAUAAGCUCUUCCAAUGCUAAAGCAGCUCAAGGUGCAAGAACUUUCAACGUAAAAUAUUACGGUGCCAUUGCCGAUGGCCGAACAGACAAUCGAAAGGCUUUUCUUCGAGCAUGGAUGGACGCUUGCGAUCAGAAGGGAGUUUCCAUAGUUUAUAUACCUAAAGGAGUUUACAUGUUGGGAUCAGUUGAAUUUGCAGGUCCAUGUAGAGGAGUUACAAUGUUUUUUAUGAAGGGAGAUUUAAGGGCUCCAAGAGGAGCAUUUUUGAAUGUUGAGACAUGGUUAGGGUUUCGAUAUGUUGAUAAUUUGAUAAUGAAAGGUGGUGGAACAUUGGAUGGUCAAGGACAAUCUGCUUGGCCUUUCAAUCAAUGUCACAAGAACAAUAAUUGCCAGACUCUCCCAAUUUCUGUCAAAUUUGAUUUUGUGACAAAUUCUAGGAUUAAAUCCAUAAGAUCAAUCCACAGCAAGAAUGCUCAUUUCUCAUUUUUCGGAUGCACCAAUAUAAAUAUUUCAAAUGUUGAAUUAUUAGCACCAGAUUACAGCCCCAACACAGAUGGAAUCAAGAUGGGGAGUUCAUCCAACAUUCGAAUUUCCUACUCGAAAAUAAGCACCGGAGAUGACUGCAUAGCCAUCCUCUCCAAUACUUCCAACAUCGAUAUCUCUAACGUUUACUGUGGCCCCGGACAUGGUAUUAGUAUCGGAAGCCUAGGCAAGUACACAAAUGAGAAGAACGUUAAUGGCGUCUCCGUUAGGAAGUGUACAUUGAAUGGAACAGACAAUGGUAUUCGAAUUAAAUCAUGGGAAUCUCCCAUUUCAAUCACUGCUUCAAAUUUCUUAUUUCAAGAUAUUUUCAUGUACAAUGUUCGAAACCCGAUCAUUAUUGACCAGACAUAUUGCCCUCAUCCUCCAUGCAAUCGACAGACAGCCUCUCAUGUUCAAAUUCGAGAUGUUACGUAUAGGAACAUAUUUGGAACUUCGAGUUCUGAGAUUGCAGUUUCUAUGCAAUGUAGCAAAAAAUUCCCAUGCAAAAACAUAGUGAUGACAGACAUCAAAUUUGGUCAUCAUGGAACUAAAAAGUCUUUGAAAUCUUAUUGUUCAUAUGUUAAUGGUCGAUCCUUUGGACGACAAUAUCCUCCUCCUUGCUUUUAG